UUCGGAUAAUCCGAACCGGUUCCGAGAUUUGUGGUCUGUUCUGAAAAUCUGAAGACCAGAGUGUAGAGGGAUUAGGGAACGGCUACUUUCCGGACUUCGGGACACUGUGUCUCUCUGCCUUGUUACCCCGUCGACGUAAGCUGCCAGGACAGUUUAGAAGCAACUCCGCGGGAGGAAGAUUUCGGUGUUCGUUCAUCGCGCGCGUGUGUGUGUGUGUAUGCGUGGGUGCUCUCCGUGCCAAGGCAAGUGACUUCAAUUCAAGUGAAAUUGGUGAAACGUGCAAGUGCAAGCAACGACGACGAGGUGACCACCGAAAGUAAUGCAAGUCAGUUGACUUCAAAAGCUUUUGCCUAGAUCAGAGUGUACGAGAAAAGGGCUGGGUGGGGAAUGAAAAAGAUAGUGUUCUGAUAUAGAUAUGAAAAAGGCGGUCGGUGGAACGUGAUGUGUAGAUGAUGGAGUUAGUGAUGAUGAAGUGCUAGAGUUUAGGGUUUUUUUCUCUCUCUGCUGUUGCUCUACCGCAGUUUGGUGUAAGCCAUUCACACAUCACGUCACAAGUGCAUCAGAGGGCAGAGUUGGAUGAAAAAUAAAUACAUAUGAUUGUGGGGCGAUGAGAGCCUUAAGCAUUGCGGCUGAGCUGGUGGCGACGGUGUGUGGCAGCAUGGCAGCGAAAAAGCCCUAGAGUUCAAAGGACUGUUGGAGGAUGUUUUCAUUAGCGUCGAAGAGGAGCAUCAACAGGACGACGACGACGACGACGAUGGUGAUGGCGAUGAUGAUGAUGAUGAUGAUGAUGUAAUUUCGAGGCGCAGGAGAAAUCUCCCAAAAAAAAAAUAGGACAGCUCUUCCGGAACAACUUCCUGCUGGGAAUGCCGCCCUUUCUACUGCCACAACCAGCGAACACAUAUUAGUAGUGUGGAAUUAGCCCUGCCUCGUCGUACAUGUAUGAAUGGCGGCCUCAUCGACGGUGACGACGACGACGACGACGACGUUGAGGUUUAGAGCAUCGAGUGCGGGACGGCGACGAAGGCGAUGCUGACCAAACUGCCUGUGGCAUGUUUUGGACCACGAUGCCAGCGUCCUUUCGUCGGCAGCAGGUGGCAUCCCUCCUCCUAUCAUCAACAGCGAAUGAAGCGGUGAAUUUUACCCGUGACGGAAGUGGAAGAACAGGUGCGACAACAUCGACGACGACGGCGACGGCGAUAGUCAAUUUAAUCAAAUUAACUCGACUCACUAGCACCACUUCCACCACCACCAUCACUGACAACAACGCCAUAGCACUAUCGGCGAUACGUGGUUUAUGAAGGUUGAUCUUGUUUGGGGGUUUUUUUUUUGAGCAAGUGAGACUAGAGAAUAUACAAACAGAAGUGCUGUGUGAAUAAAAUACCGGAAAUUGGUGAAGCGAAAAACGUGGAAGCACGAGAAAAACUACAUAAAUUUUAACUGACAUAUACAAAGAAAGGAAUAGAGUGCAUUAUAGUAGAUAAAGUUAAUCAAGCUAGUUAAUUAAUUGACUGAGUAAGCGAGAUGGGAUUGGUGACCUACGUAACGGCGCUGACCCUGCUGCAGCUGCUGCAGAUUCCAGCAAUCUCGGCCGUCAGUUGGGAAGAGUGGUGGACCUACGAUGGCAUCUCCGGUCCAGCCUUCUGGGGCCUAAUCAACCCGGAAUGGUCCCUGUGCAACAAAGGCCGCCGGCAGAGUCCGGUGAACCUGGAACCACAGCGGCUUCUGUUCGAUCCAAACCUACGACCCGUGCAUAUCGACAAACACCGAGUGAGUGGAUCGAUAGCCAACACCGGACACAGCGUAAUCUUCACGGUCAACAACGAGACGGCGCCCUCCAGUGGGAUACUGCAGGUGCCGGUGAACCUAACCGGAGGACCCCUGUCCUAUCGGUAUCGCUUCCAUGAGAUUCACGUCCACUACGGACUUCACGAUCAGUUCGGCUCCGAGCACAGCGUGGAAGGCUACACCUUCCCAGCGGAGAUUCAAAUCUUCGGCUACAACUCGCAACUGUACGCCAACUUUAGCGAUGCGGUUUUCCGGGCGCAGGGAAUCGUCGGCGUUGCCAUUCUGGUCCAGCUGGGCGAUCUUUCCAGUCCGGAGCUGCGAAUGCUAACAGACCAGCUAGAUAAGAUCCGAUUCGGUGGGGCAACGGUACCCAUUCGGAGGCUCUCGGUGAGAGAUCUCCUGCCGGACACGGAGCACUAUAUGACUUACGAAGGCUCAACGACGGCACCGGCGUGCCACGAGACGGUCACCUGGAUUGUGAUGAACAAACCGAUCUACAUCACCAAGCAGCAGCUCCAUGGAUUCCGGAGGCUGAUGCAGGGUGCCAUUGACCACCCGAAGGCACCGCUGGGGAACAACUUCCGGCCACCGCAACCGCUGCUGCAUCGUCCCGUGCGGACGAACAUUGACUUUCGAAAUAAACAGGAAAAGGGGGGAAAAAUAUGUCCAACUAUGUACAAGGACGUUCACUAUAAAGCUAAUAGUUGGAAACACAACUGAACGCCAGCAGCAGUCUGAUCCGAACGGAUCCGAACACGGAAACGAAGACGAACGCGAUGAUGACAGUUUGGUCACGUUUGGCUAAGAGACAGCCAGCGGACGCAAGGUGACCACUUCAUCCAAAAAUGCUUCCAAUUGUACAGUGAAUAAACGGAAUACCAAUACAAAUUGCUAUAGAACUGCAACUAGUUAAACUUACAAACCAAGCAUAAUCAGACUCCAAGAAUCAGCUGAACUGUAAACGGAAAGUUAAGUUUCUUCGCUGCGCUGUAUUUACCACUUUCGCCUCAAUCGGAUUGUUUAUGUUUGGUUCGCCGACGCCGGAGAAGAUUGUUUCACCCAACUCGACAAAUUGGCUCGAAUUGUGUGUGUUUGUGUUUGUGUGUGUGAGAGUGAGUAAGUAUCGAAUGCAAGCAGUUGAAUUUAAAAUGCAUCACGUGCGCAUCCCACCCUACUGAGUGGGGAUCCGGGUGAAAAUGGAAAAGCGUGGGAUGUUGAAAGCGAAAAAACGGGGAAAACUGUGGGUGAGAGAGCGGGACGAGCU